AUGUUUAAACGGGUUUUAAUUUGUUUCCUGAUAUUCCUAUUAAAACAUUCAUAUGCAUAUAAUUUUGAAAUUAAUUUGACAAAGCAACUGAGCAAGGGUCGAUUGGCGCGGAACUUUGUGUACUCCCCAAUUGCUAUUCGGCAGGCCCUAGGACUUCUCUAUCUGAGCAAGGAUAAUGUCACGGACCAGCAGUUGGAAAGUGCCCUUCAAUUGACAGGACUUAAUCAGGAGGAGAUCAUAUCCUUAUUCAAAGAAGCCCGAGAAAAGGUUGCUCAGGAACAAUUUACAAUGGGAAAUCGCAUUUAUUUGUCCCCGGAUUACAAUGCAUCGCCGAACAUUACGCAACUUAGCGAAAAUCUCGGCGUGGAAGUGAAAAACAUGACGUUCUCCGGCGACCAAAGCGCAGCAAGUGAGAUCAAGAAGUGGCUAAAUAAGUGGAUAGGCAAGGCUGGAGGGAAUCUAUUUGGCAAGAACGAUAUAAGCCAGACCACUCAAAUUGUGGCUGUUCAAGGAAUGUCAUACUCAUGUGUGUGGAAAAACCGAGAAACGGCGCUGACAAAUAGGACAUUUACUUUGCUACGACAGAAUAAGAAACCCUUUGUCUAUACGACCCAAAUGAUGUAUACCGAAGCACCGAUGGACUUUUUCAACAAUGAUCAAGUGCGCGGUGUUAUGGUUCCAUUCAAGAACAGCGAUAUGGGAAUGCUGGUAUUACUGCCAAGGCCACGGUAUUCCACGCAGCAAAUACUAUACAGCCUGGACACAAUUUUGAAAAUAAAGUUGCGAAGGUCGAAGAAGACGCAUCUCUUUUUGCCAAAAUUUAAAGUCAGCGAAAGUGUGGAUCUUAACAUGGCCCUCAAGGCUUUGGGCAUUCAAAAUUUGUUUACUAAUACCAAUGCUGCGAAUUUUAAGCAGUAUAAUUCCUUCGAUGCCGAUCAAAAUCGUGUUUUAAUGACUAUAGAUGUGGGCGAUGACUUCGACGAUAGAGUCGUAUAUGUCAACCGGGGUUUUGUGUUCGUAGUCAAGGACAAGAGCACCAUUUACAUGAUCGGUCGCAUGGAUGCGGUUUGACAGUGCGAACUUACAGGAAUUUGCCACGAAAUGUCAGCCAAGUUGUAAAUUAAAUUAACUUGAAUUAAUCCAAACAAG